UCUUAUUUAAUGUUAAAUCUUUUCAUAAACAUCAGAACUGGAGGGAUGUACUGGACUAUAUUUUACAUUGUCGUUUAUCUAGUAUUGAACAGACUUCUGAUAGAUGCUUCAAAGGUUAGACUUGUGGAUGGAAAGUCCUUUCAUGAAAAUGGCGCUGAUAUUUACGAAGGACGCUUACAAGUAUUUUACAAUAACGAAUGGGGGAAUGUCUGCGAUGAUGAAUUCACCCAGACGUCAGCCAAAGUGGUUUGUGGAAUGUUGGGAUUUUAUGGUAAUGCAAUUGCAAUAGCUAGUACCUACAAGAAUGGUAAUAAGCGAAUAGUCCUUGACAGUGUUAGAUGUAAUGGACGGGAAAAAGAUAUCAUGAAUUGUAAACAUCAAGGAUGGGGAACACAUGACUGCUCACACGAAGAGGACAUCGGAGUAAGAUGCGAGCAAACUUGGAGGUUAAGCAAGUCUACAGAAGGGUUUGUUGAGAUUCAUAUAAUUGAUUCUUAUAUACCAGUGUGCAAUACAAAUUAUUCGGGGAAAAAGAUUUGCCAAUCACUUGGUUUAGUAGAAAGCAAUAAGAUUGUAGGAGUCGUCCCGGCCACUUCAAAAAUUCUACGGUUUGUGGACAUUAGUUGUACUGGCAAGGAACAGGUUUUAUCACAGUGCACUAGAACGGUUAUUAAGUAUGGUGUAUGUAAAACUGGGUUAAGUGCUUUCAAAUGUUUAAAUCAGAAACUUAUAAAUGGUACUACAUCUUACAAUGGACGACUAGAGCUUUAUCAUGAGGGGAAAAAGGGGUCUGUUUGUGAUGAUGGAUUUGGCGAUAAUGAGGCGUCUGUAGUUUGUAGAUAUUUAGGACAGUCUUGGUGA